ACUCUCUUGACAGAAACACAACACCAAACAUUUAAACCUUUCAAAACGCAAAUCUCACAAUCCAAAAAAAAAAAAAAGCAAGAAAAUGUCUCUGUUUCUUCUUCUUGCUCUUCUUCUACUCCCAUUCAUCACUCCAUCUUCACAAUCCUCAAUCCGAAACCUCCUCGAAGCUCGUGGUUUACCAGGUGGUUUAUUUCCAGACAACGUGGAGAGUUACAGUCUAGACGUAAAGACAGGGGAGCUCAAAGUUCAGUUACAAAAUCCUUGUUUUGCUCGGUUCGAAAACAGAGUAUACUUUGAUAGUGUGAUUAAAGCAAAUCUUAGCUAUGGUGGCCUUGUUGGGCUUCAAGGUUUGACACAAGAAGAGCUUUUUCUUUGGUUACCAGUCAAAGGCAUUGCAGUGAAUGAUUCUUCUUCUGGACUUGUUCUUUUCGAUAUCGGUGUUGCUCAUAAACAAAUCUCUCGCUCUCUCUUUGAAGAUCCUCCUGUUUGCUAUCCACCUGGAUCUAUUAUGGAGAAGAUAGAGAAGAGGAAGAUGGAUAUUCAACGCCAGAGAUAAGAGGAAUUUUUUGGGGUGUAUGAGAUUCAAAACUUAAAUCUUCUCUCUCUCAAACGUGAACAAAAUAUGUGUUUACUUCUUCUCUUUGGGGUUGGGCUGUUUUGUGAAAACUGAAAUGUGGGAGAAAAUUUGUAAAAUAUGGAAAGAAUGGAGGAAAAUUUUGGAACUUUAUAUAAACUAUGUGGUCUACAAUGUAAUCAAUUUUGUCAUUUGUCAUUUUUCGUUUCCUUAUUUGAGAAUAUAUAUA